AUGGAUCACAACUACCCUUACAACAAUGCCAAUUGGAAUGGCGGCUUCACGUACCAAUCCAACGGUAACUACUCUCAACCUGGAUACGCAGUCAAUCCGUAUCCGCAGGAGCCUUCCAAUCCCAACUCCCAGCCUUACCAUCCAUCAUCGUAUCCGCAGUCUGUCCAGCAAAACUAUCCUCAGUAUUACAAUAAUCAAGCACAGCAUUAUCAGUUCCAGUUCCAGCAGCCUUCACACCAUUUCUAUCAGAGUCCUCCCCAACCCCAGCCAAUACUGCCUCCAGUGCUCCCCCAGUCCGACAAAGAAGUCAUCGUGCCUCGUAAUCCCCUUCACUCUGCCCCACCGAAGCAGCAGUUUCAACAGCCUCAACAACCUCAGCAGCCUCAACAGUCUCAACAGCUUCGGGCUAGCUAUCAAGCCCAGUAUCAGGCACAAGGGGAAGUGCCCUCUUCGCCGUACCAGUGGACUCCGCAACAAAAGCAGCAACAGCAGCAGCAGCAGCAGCAAUAUCACCAUGUAUCACAAUCACCUCAAGAUCACAUGAGACAAGCCGAGCAGCCGCGAAGGGUGAUUGAAGUACCCAAACCUACCAUACUGCAGGACAAGUUAGUCAAUCGCAGCUCGCACCAGACCUCCACCUCUGCCACGGCCACUCCUCAGAGAUCUCCUCAACAGAGCCGCAACGGCGCCUUUCAAUCAGUCGAGGUCAAAGUCAAGAGCCCUCAGAUAGCAUCAAGACAACCCCCUCCUGUCCCGGCCAUGGAGUUCGACGAACCCGAACCAGAUUAUCCCACUCUCCUUUGUGUCCUUGCUGACGACUACCUCGAUGAAGCCCGCAAACAGCCUGCUCUAACCGAAAGAUAUUAUACCUUGAUCUCCAAGGCUCUCGGCUGCCUUGAGUCGGUCCUUGCCAACUUCAAGCUGCCUCCUCUGCAGGAAGCACAGAUCUCUUUGCGCUACUCCCGAAUACUGUAUGACGAAACCGAAAAUCACGACGAAGCUGAGACGGCCCUGACGAAAUCAAUAGAGCUAUGUGAACGACACAAAUUUGUCGAUCUGAAAUACGAGAUGCAGCUUCUUCUUUCCAAGGUCCUUUAUGAAUCCAAGCCCAAAGCCGCUCUAAGAGAUAUCCAGAGGAUGAUCGAGGACAUCGAAGCCUACCGCCACACUGUUUGGCUGUAUAUCUUUCGCUUUCAGCACGCGAUAUUUUCAUUGGCAUCGUCCGCUCCUGGCGAGUUCCACAGCGCUAUCGUCCAGCUGGAGAAGAUCGCUGGUCUGGCCAAGCAGAAUUCGGACGCCGGGGUUCUUGCUUUUGCAGCGACGCUAGAAGCUCUCCUACACCUGUCGAGCCCAAGCCAUGAAGCGGUCACGGCCACUCAAAAUGCUUUAGCGAAGGCCAGGGCUAUGCAAUUAAAUGCAGACGUCGAGUCUAACCCACAGAUGACCAUCCUGCUGGAGUUCAUCGACCUUGCAUGUAGUGUACGAGAGUCCAACAUUGCACAAAGCAACGCCAAGCGGAAAGGCAUGGUUGAGGUUCUCGACCAGAUAGCCAAAGACGGCAACUGGAGAGCCGACGGCUCGAUCUAUAUCCCAUUGUCGAAGCAGACUGUCGCAGGAAUCGAUCUGCAAGCACAUAAACAUGUGAUCGAGAGAAACGGGAAGUAUUAUAUUGUGUUCUCGUGGCUGGGAAUGGAGGAAGUCGAGGCUCUAGCGUACUUGUUCUCUGCCGACAGCUCAGCGUACAAGAACGGCAUAGAUGGUGGAAAGGCGGAGAUCUUUACGACGGAAGGCUUAUCUGGGGUUCGAGCGCUGGCAAAGCCUAGUCUCACCGCGGGUUACCGACAAUCGGAGAGAGUCCACGCCUUCCAGAAGCUCUUGGAAGCCGAGUUCUUGUUACUGCUCAGCUUCCUGCAGUGCUCGAAAGGUCAAUACAACGCGGCGAACAAAUCCCUGGGCGAAGUUAGCACGAUCUCCGAAGCCAUUGGUGACGCUUUCCCCCUCAACAUGAGAUAUGCGAUGCUCUACCUAAAGGGAGUUAUCCUCCAAGGAACUGGAGACCUCGUUGCCGCCCUCCAGGUCUACCAGUCGCCUCUCUUCAACCUCACGCCACAACAAUCUUCAUCUUCGGCUGUUUCAAGCGUAUCAAACCGAAAAACGAGCUCAUGGUUUCCAGACUCAGACGUUACGCGCAACUUCUCCAUCCUGGCAGCGAUGAACCAGGCAUUUAUCAUCCAAGCUCCCAACCACCCACAACAUAACCGCCUGUCAUCUAUGAUCAAAAGCCUCGACGGCGCAGUCCAAACAUGCGGAAACAAAUACAUCCAAGCCCAUUUCUCCCUCCUCGUCGCUGUCCUCUCCGGCACGACCCUUACGGUGAAGCAAUACCUCAAGUCCGCCAUGGAGGCCGGCAAAGCCAUCGGCAGCGCCCAGACCACGGCCCUCGCGCUGAUCUACAUGCAAGAGAAACUGUUCAAGGGCGUGGUUGACGAGCAGGCGCUCAAGUGCGCGAAGGCGGCGAGCCAGCAGACCCGGAGGUGGGGCUCGCCGAUGUGGAUGCACGUCACUGCGGGUUUGGAGGCCCAGGCGCUCGAUAUCAACGGGUACGAAAAUGAGGCAAGGAGAAGGAAACAGGAGGGCGAGGCCGGGUGGGAGACGUUGCCAGAGGCUAUCAAGAGCGCUUCAGCUGUGGGCAGCGGCAUGGCCGUCGGGUCUUGA